AUGGCAGAAGGCACUUCCAUAUCUGCAUCCCCGGUCGACGAAACACACGAUACCAGCCCCCCUGCCUUCCACUCCAUUCAUCUAAACGACGUCUCAGGCCUCACAGGUCGGCCUACACCGCUGCCACAGAAACUCUGGAUUAAACACCGACCUGAUCUCCUUAACGGUAAUGUGCUAGAUGAAGACGAGGACGAGGACGAGGACGAUGAUGAAGACGAUGAUGAUGUCGAAGACAUAUACCCAACGGCAGGUGGUGUCUUUAACACGGAAGAAGACGAUUUUGUAGCCGUUGACCAUUCAGAUGCUUCGGAUUAUCCUUGGUAUAUGCGGUCCCGGGCACCUGCAAGGAAGUCGGAGCUAGAUAAACUCCACCCGUACGUGCAGCUCCUCUCAGUGUCGGAUGUUGAAGGCUGCGAGAAGGUUGAGUUAGCAUUCCCAGAGCCCGAGAGGUCAACUCCUGGCAAUAAUAAACCAAAGGCGGUUCUUCUUGCACACAUCCUGGCCACGAGGACAACCUCUCCUGUGAUAACCAAUGCGACCAUGGAGAUCCCCAAGGACUGGAGAAAUAAGAAAUCUGCCCUACCAAGGUCUAGUGAUGAGGAGCCUAUAGGCCACCAGGACGAGGGCUCAACCAUAGCCAUUCACUCGCUCGCUGUCCUCCCUGAGCAUCAGGAUAAGGGUCUUGGCAAAUUGCUGAUAAAAUCAUAUAUUCAGCGGAUCCAGGAUGCUAAGAUUGCGGAUCGUCUCGUUCUGUUAGCCCACGACCACCUUCUUCCGUUUUAUACAAGUCUUGGAUUCGAGAACAUUGGGCGUAGUAAAUGCACCUUUGGCGGUGGUGGUUGGAAUGAUCUGGUCCUCGACUUCAACAAAAUUAAAUGA